AAACCACACACAUAAGCAACUGGUUAUUUCGCUUGAAUUAAAAACCUAAUUUUGGGGAGUUUAGGAGUCACUAAGGAGGGGGGACUGAUGUGUCAUGGGCAGAGCCUAAACCUCAAUGAGGAGGAGCUAAAAGGAUCUUCAGCUAAAAUGAAAGUGAAGGUUUGUCUGAGCGACAGCAGGACUGCAGUCCAGUCGAGUCUCUCCGAUUGUCUCUGCAGGAAAGUUCAACUGAAGCCAACAAAACAGCAGAAUCUCUGCCAAACGCUGUAUGAAGACAUGUCUGCUGCCAGCUGUCUGCUGACUGAAGAUCAGUUUCUGUGCUCCAUCUGUCUGGAUGUCUUCACUCAUCCUGUCACCACACCAUGUGGACACAACUUCUGUAAAACCUGCAUCACUCAGCACUGGAAUAUUAAUGUCCAGUGUCAGUGUCCCAACUGCAAAAAACUUUUCUACACAAGACCUGAGCUGCAGGUCAAUACUUUCAUCUCUGAGAUGGCAGCUCAGUUCAGACAAUCAGCUCAACAGGAAGCCAGCAGCAGCAGCUCACAGCAACAAGUUUCCAAACCAGGAGAAGUUCCCUGUGACGUCUGCACUGGAACCAAACUGAAGGCCCUGAAGUCCUGCCUGGUGUGUCUGGUCUCCUACUGUCAGACUCACCUGCAGCCUCACCUGACAGCUUCAGGCCUGAAAAGACAUCAGCUGAUCGACCCUGUGGAGAACCUGGAAGGCAGGAUGUGCACACAGCACGACAAACUGCUGGAGCUCUUCUGUAAGACUGACCAGAUGUGUGUCUGUAAGUUCUGCUCUGUUUCAGAGCACAAGACACAUGAUGUUGUUCCUCUAAAAGAAGGAUGUGAAGGAAAGAAGGCAGAGCUGAGGAAGACAGAGGCUGAACUUCAGCAGAUGAUCCAGAAGAGACGACUGAAGAUUCAGGAGAUCACACGCUCAGUGGAGCUCACCAAGGAAGGUGCAGACAGAGAGACAGCAGGUGGUGUUCAGGUCUUCACCGCUCUGAAGGAGUCUGUUGAGAGAAGCCAGGCCGAGUUCAUGGACACCAUCAGAGAGAAGCAGAGAAAGACAGAGAAACAGGCUGAAGUCUUCAUCAAAGAGCUGGAACAGGAAAUCUCUGAGCUGAAGAAGAGAAGCUCUGAGGUGGAGCAGCUCUCACAGUCUGAAGACCACCUCCACCUCCUCCAAAGCUUCCUGUCAGUGAACGCUGCUCCACCCACCAAGGACUGGACAGACGUCAGAGUCCAUCCACCUUCAUAUGAGGGGACUGCAGUGAGAGCUGUGAGUCAGCUGGAGGAGACGCUCAGUAAACUGAUGAAGAAUCUGUUUGAGGCUGAGCUGAAGAGGGUCCAGCAGUAUGCAGUGGAUGUGACACUCGAUCCUGAUACAGCACAUCCUCGACUCAUCUUGUCUGAAGAUGGAAAACAAGUUAAAGAUGGUGACGUAAAGAAGAAUCUCCCAAACAACCCAGAGAGAUUUGAUUGUUGUCCUAAUGUCUUAGCAAAGCAGAGUUUCUCUUCAGGAAGGUUUUAUUAUGAGGUUCAGGUUAAAGGGAAGACUGACUGGGAUUUAGGAGUGGCCAGAGAGUCGAUCAACAGGAAGGGAAAUAUCACACUGACUCCUCGGGAUGGUUACUGGGCGAUGUGUUUGAGGAAUAACAGUCAGUAUUAUACUUGUGCUGGCCCUGCAGUCCGUCUCUGUCUGAAGUCUCAGCCUGAGAAGGUGGGGGUGUUUGUGGAUUAUGAGGAGGGUCUGGUCUCCUUUUAUGACGUUGAUGCUGCAGCUCUGAUCUACUCAUUUAAUGGCUGCUUCUUCAAUGACAAACUCUACCCACUCUUCUGUCCAUGUGUUAAUAAAAAAGGUGAAAACUCUGCCCCUCUGAUCAUCUCUCCUGUCAGUCACACUGAGUAGAACAACCAUUUGAUUUUCUACAGAAAGAUUCACAUCAUUUAAUGCGAUAAAUGUGUAUUUAUUGGUGAUGGAUGGUGUGAACAUUGUUGGUCAGUCAGAUUUUGAUCAAAAUAUCUUUUCAUUUUCUUUGACGUAUCACAUCUCUGCUUGCUGCUACAACAUAUCGCUUUUACAGCACUGACUGAUUUUAUGUCGUGCAGUUUAAUGUAUUCUAAUCACUUAAUUUCCUGCCUUCAGGACUGUUAAAUCAACAGAGAACAGUUUACUUAUAAAUAAAAACCAUUUGCAUGUUAAUUGAUUGUCUAUUGUCUGAGUUCUAAAUGUUUUCUUGUCUAAUUGUUGUACAUAUGACAAAUGUUGCACACAGCACAAAUUACUGAAGAGCAGUUUUUGAAAGAGAAACAUGUCAUUUGCUUUUCUGAUUUUCUUUUCAAAUAAGCAAAUGUUAAAUAAAGAUUUUAUUGUGCCUGA